GACCAAACACUUUCAUCAUCAUCCACUAUUAUUGAUCAUCUCACUGCAUCCAACAAACCUACACCAUGGGCAAAUCGAUAGUACAGGAGCUAAUUGGGGCCCACACAGGUGCUGUUGAAACAAUCAAUGAUAUCAAGUCGAAACUUAUGGGAGACGCACCACUCGGAAAACCAAGACCCCAACUCACCACCCACCUCUCCAACGACGUAAAUAGAUGGUGGGAAAUUAUCGACGGCAUAGAAAAACAUCUAGCUCUAUUCAAGCCCAACAACACUUCUCAGAUCGAGGACUUAAUCAAGGCUACGAAAUGGUUUUACCAUGGCGGCCAAAAGGAAUUUGAACUCAAAUUGGUGGAUAUUAACAAUCCCAUUGCUAUCUACGUACCAGGCACUCCUGAGGAAAUAAUUCGGAUCAAAAAUGACGCGAGAAUGACCUUCGUGGUUCUAACCAAGAGAAUUCGGUUAAUCGAGGGCUUAGUAGUGUUUCGAGAGAUUCGAAACCGACAACGAUGGCUCGAUCAAAAUCCUCAACGUGCUACCAAGUCUCAACUAGAGUUUCGUGAGGAAGAAAUGAGGGCUCGUGAUGCGGAGGAGCUUACCAACCUACAUCAUACUUUAUUGAGGGGCUUGAAAAUUCUCAUUACCUCCGUGACCACAGUACAGGAUCCAUACAAAUCUAAAUGGAACAUGGAGGGACUUGAUAUCGAAGGGAAGCUCGGGGUUUCUCGAACAAUCCUACUUGCAAAAUCAACAGAUUUGCUUGAAAUGUACGAAAUUGAGGAAGAAGUAUCAAAGGAGUUCAAGCAAAAUAUAUGUAGAACAUUGAUUAUGAUGCUCAUACACGUUGAUUACCUUCUCAUAGAGAUUUCUGAUGUUUCAAUGUAUAAGGACACCAUCACAGAUUAUACUCGGUCAAGAAAGUCGUGGAACUAUUUGUGUGGGAUGGAUUCCAUAUAUACAGAGGAAGUGGCGAGUUAUUAUACUGCGUGGGAACCUCAAUUCUCUAGGCGCUUGAAUGCCAUAGCAAUGGGCAUCAGAGCUUUGAUUGCUGCUGGACUUGUUCUCGACAAGGGAAAACCGCUACUUGGUAAAUCCUAGAUAUGUACCACAUAACUUUUCCACGUGAGCUUUUCAAUGGAGAGUUUCUGCGCAUGAAUCAAAUGAAAACAUUGUUAGGGUUAAACGAAUUUGCACAAAAUUGAAGACUAUUGAGAUGAUUAUCACAAUUCAUCGCCACUAGAGAGGCAUCUGAACAAUCAGCCAAGCCAGCCAAUCGAAAAUGUAUAUCCAAGCA